AUGCGUCUUCCGAAAAAGAAAAAGUUGGGAAAAACCCUUAACAAAUUGUUGACCAAGGUUUCCAAGCAAAACGCGGCUGCAGAAAAGGCGAAAAAGCGGCAGGAACUAUAUGAAAAGUCUAAAAAGAAUGUGGUGGGCAAGACCGGUACGCCACGACCCAAACCGCAGUACAGCUCGGCAGAUAAGAUUCUCCUGAUUGGCGAAGGCAACUUUUCAUUUGCACGAUCGUUGGUGGAUCACUACCUUACGGAAGGCUCCGAACAAUUGUUCGCGACAUGUUACGAUACCGAGGCGGUAUUGUAUGAAAAGUACGGCGAUGAAGCAAAAGACAACAUUGAAGCGGUGCGUGUCAUGGGCGGCACUGUGCUGUUUGAAGUGGAUGCGACUCAGUUGGCCAAAGAAAAGGCACUGAAAAAGCAUCGCUUCUCAAAGAUCGUCUUCAACUUUCCCCACGCAGGUCUCGGUAUCAAGGAUCAGGAUCGCAAUGUACUGGCGAAUCAGGAAUUACUAUCAAAGUUCUUUUUGUCGGCCGAGCCUCUUUUAUCGGAUGGAAAAACCAAGGGGCUUGAAAAGGACAUUGACCAAGACGAGGAGGAUACCGAGCAGCACAACGACGAUUACAAAGAUCCAUUGCCUGAAGGCGAAAUCCACGUGACAACGAAAACAUGUAAGCCUUACAAUUUGUGGUCUGUCCGUGGACUGGCGAAAUCGACGGGCAAACUCGCGGUGAAAACAACGUAUGCUUUCCAUUGUGAGGAUUUCCCCGGGUAUGAGCAUCGUCGUACGAUUGGAUUCAAGAAAGGGGUCAGCAAAUCGGAUAAUGCAGAGAUCGUGUCGGCUGAGCCAAAGACGUUUGUGUUUAUUCGCAAAGCGGCCAUGGACGAGGAGAUUGAAAAGAGUGUAAAAGGUUCCUUGAAACGCAAAGCGGAGCAACGCAUCUUGAACGGGCUGUCUCCAUGA